GUCACCUGGGACAGAGGGACACAAGAGCACAGCCACAUAAAGACACGCUGACAACUGAAUAUGCAUAUUCUAGUCAUUUUUCAGAUUGGAUUUACUUACUGUAUGUGGAUAUCAUUUGAAGUUAAAAUAUUCAGUGGUUCAUAUGAGCUGGUGGGCAGGUGUUAAAAGACACAAGGAGCAUUCACACACUCACCAAAGGUAGUUUCCAUCAUUUAAAAAAAGCUACAGGGAAAGAGUGCACAAGUUUAAGCCUGAAAUACUGAUGCUGUCAUCAAACCAAAGUGCCAAAUUACCUGACCUUGGCUCAGGUAGCCAUGAAACAGUGCAGCUGUACUGUUCCCAAAGAUAUCAUAUCACAUGAGCACAGCAUUUAAUAAAACUUAAUCAGUGUCAAGGACAUUAAGCAGAGUACUAACCAAUGAGAUGUGCUGAUGCUAGGGCGUGACUUACUGGUAUGCAUACAAAAUGCAUAUAAACUGUAAUGUUCUGUAGCUUCUUUGGUGACUUACCGCCUGCUAUGUACAGUUCAUGUAAAAUCAAUCAACAACUUUAAGAUCUAAAGACAGAAUGAAGCGUGCUCCAGUGUUGCUGCUGACCCUGUGCCUGUCAGGGGCUUUGGUUCGGGCAGAGACGGCCUCUGAGUCUGACAUCAGAGCUGAGCUGGGGGCACUGAGAGCCACGGUGGAGGAGCUGAGGUUGAUGGAGAGCAGACUGGCAGCGAGUGAAAACAAAGUACAAGCUCAGGAGAACUCAGCUGAAGAUCUACGAGCAGAGCUGAUUGCGACCAAGAUGGAGUUACGUCACUUCAAAGAGCGGGCAGAGGAGAUGGAAAAAAAGAUGGCAGGUGGACCCAAAGUGGCCUUCUCUGUGGCUUUGACUGGAACAGUGGGAACCUUCAAUGCUGAAACUACACUGAUAUACCCGCAAGUCAUCACUAACAUCGGCAAUGCUUACAACGUCUACACAGGUUUCUUCACAGCCCCCGUCAGUGGCGUCUACUUCUUCAGGUUUAAUACCAUGGAUGGACGGAAAGGCUACCACAUGGGCGCAGCAUUGCACAAGAACAACCAAAGAGUUCUUUUAAACAUCGCCUGGAAUCACCAAGAUGACCACGAGCAUGUGUCCAAUGGAGUUGUCCUGGAGCUCUCUCAGGGCGAUGUCGUGCACAUGCGUCUUCCUGCGUGGUACAGAGUCACUGACUGGGUUGGACAUCACUACAACAUUUUCAGUGGCUUCCUUCUUUUUGCCAUGUGAGAACAACGUGGCAGGAGUGUGUGCAUGUGUCAUGUGGUUGUGUCAC